CGCACGCAGUUCGCAGCAGUUCGAGGCUACGCGUGAACGGACCAAAGGACCAAAAUACAAAAUACAAAUAUACAAAAAUACUGACAGAGACGGGUAAACGAGGUGCGAGCGGGAGAGGGCGAGGGCAGCGCUGCGAUAAAGUGAUAAAGUUUGCCCAUGCGUUUGCCAAUUCGCGUUUUAUUCGCAUUCGCUGGUGCUGCUGCUGCUGCUUUGAUAUUGAUACGGGUGAAAGGGCAAGAGGAACUGGAACUGGUGCCCCAAAUGCAUAAGUAGUAGCUUCAAUUGUUUGCAUUCGAUUGUAACGUGCCCCCAAAAUCAACAUAAUGCGUUCGUCUACCAAAAUCGGCAACUUUUUUCAAAAGUGCAAGCUAUGUCAUAGCAUAGAAAGCAUUCGUUUAUACUUUAUUUAAGUACUGGUGUUUGAAUAAUAGUUUUCAUUUCAAAAAUUGUUGUUAUGAAAAGCGAGGGACCUCGAAAAAUGUGUUCGGUGAAAAAACUAAAAAAGUCGGCGUGUAACAAGGACACUCGCCAGGCGUUGCCACCUUGUUCAGGUGUUUUAAGAACUGCAAUUAGUUUAAGGACAUACUUAUGCUGCAAUUAAAUUCUUCACAAUAAUUGUUUCGCUCACGUUACAUAAGAGAAGGAACUAAAGAACAGUGUAUCCGCUGGGAUUGCAGUGUAUACAACUAUUGUCCUAAUGCAUUUAUAUGCAUUUCAUUGAUACCCAAAACCAUUCAGAGAUUAUACACAAGUGCUGAAGAAUUCGCGGCACAGAUUUGCUACUUUUAAUUAUCCUUUGUGUGUUAUACUAUAAAACAACGAAAUCCUUGCAAUCCGCAGCUUUUUGAAACAUGCCAGGGUAAGACAGCCAGAUGCCUGUGAUUCUGCCACCACGAUGCGAGAACAAAAGCUGGAAAUGACAGCGCAAUCGAUUCCAAAAAGUUGAGACCCAACAGACGACACAAGCAAAAGCUGUCAAUAUGACAUGUUUUACGCGCGUCGGAGUGUCCUGCAGCCUGUUCUUUUUCCUACUGGGCGCCCAGCUGCAAUUGAUACGAUGCAUUCGAAAGGAUGUACUGGCUGGCCGCCUUGAGAACGUCACGCAAACAAUAUCAAACAUACUGCAAGGAUACGAUAUUCGACUUAGGCCCAAUUUCGGAGGAGAGCCACUACAUGUCGGCAUGGAUUUGACCAUCGCCAGCUUUGAUGCCAUAUCAGAAGUUAACAUGGAUUAUACGAUAACAAUGUAUUUAAAUCAGUACUGGCGCGACGAGCGUUUGGCAUUUAAUAUCUUUGGACAAUAUUUCGACGAUGAGAAUGACGAUGGCAUCAGCGACGUGCUGACAUUAUCCGGAGACUUUGCUGAAAAGAUAUGGGUACCGGAUACGUUCUUCGCCAAUGACAAAAACAGCUUUCUGCACGAUGUCACCGAGAGGAACAAGCUGGUGCGACUUGGCGGCGAUGGAGCUGUUACCUAUGGCAUGAGAUUCACCACGACCCUCGCCUGCAUGAUGGAUCUGCACUACUAUCCAUUGGACUCGCAGAAUUGCACUGUGGAAAUUGAGAGCUAUGGAUACACGGUCAGCGACGUGGUCAUGUACUGGAAGCCAACGCCAGUGCGCGGAGUGGAGGAUGCGGAGCUGCCGCAGUUCACCAUCAUUGGGUACGAGACGAAUGACCGGAAGGAGCGGCUGGCCACUGGAGUCUAUCAACGCCUCUCGCUCUCAUUCAAACUGCAACGGAAUAUCGGAUACUUUGUAUUCCAGACCUAUUUGCCCAGCAUUCUGAUCGUAAUGCUGUCGUGGGUCUCGUUCUGGAUUAACCACGAGGCGACGAGUGCCCGGGUUGCAUUGGGCAUCACCACGGUGCUCACCAUGACCACCAUUAGCACGGGUGUUCGCAGCUCGCUGCCGCGCAUCUCGUAUGUGAAGGCGAUCGACAUUUAUCUGGUCAUGUGCUUCGUUUUCGUGUUCGCAGCCCUCCUGGAAUACGCUGCCGUUAACUAUACUUACUGGGGCAAAAGGGCUAAAAAGAAAAUAAAGAAGGUCAAAGAAUGUUGUCCAGGCAAGAUCGGAAAGAGCGAAAGAUCCGAGACGUGUUCAACGACAGAGGACAUUAUCGAGCUGCAGGACGUUCGAAUGAGUCCUAUACCAUCUUUGCGAAGAGGUACCUACAAUGCCACCCUCGACUCCAUCGGCACCGAGACCAUGAAUCUAGGAAAGUUCCCCCCAAGUUUUCGAAUAACUCGUAAUUAUGGCACCGGACACAGCCAGCUUAGACGUCGCGCCCAAAGGGGUAUCUCCACCCGCCCACGCAUGUUGCACGCCCUGAAGAGAGGUGCCUCUGCUAUUAAGGCAACCAUACCGAAGAUCAAAGAUGUCAAUAUUAUUGACAAAUACUCCCGAAUGAUAUUUCCGAUCAGUUUUCUUGCGUUCAAUCUUGGCUACUGGCUGUUUUAUAUUCUGGAAUGAUAUAUAUGUAUAACGUGAACGAGUAAUUAAUUCCCCUAGCAACAGAACCAUGAGAUCCCAAAUACGACUUUUUAUAACCUCCAUAAUAAAGAUUGACUUCGCCAUAGUAUUUGGGCGUACCUGAA